CACCUUGUGGUGGAGAGUGAGGGGGUGGCAGAGUUGGAGAGAGCAGGGGGCACCACUGUACAGAGAGAACGAGAGAGAUAGAGAGAGAGAGAGAGAGAGAGGGAUCAAAGCAGAGAAAGAGACAGAGGAGGAGAGAGGGGGAUGAUGAUAGCAGCGCUGCAGUGAGAGCGAGCGAGCGCCGUGCCUGCCUUUGCAGCGAGUGUUUACUCCACUUUUCCUGAGAGCCGGUUAUCUUCCCUCUGCGUGAGUCAUGGAAGUGAUUUAGGUGAGUGUAGCGGCUGCAGGAAGCCACAGAUCUGUUUGUGCAUCUGCCCUGUGUGCAGGUUGUCUCGUUUUGUAAAGAAGGAUCCAUGCCUGUCCUCAGAGUGCACAGAAGAAUCAACAUAGCCAGCCUGACGACGUCAACAGGCAGUGAGAGACGUGAUCUUAAGGCUGAUGUGGAAGUCUGUGGAUAAAAUGAGGUGUUUCAGGAAACGCUCCAUGCUGCCCUUCCUCGGCUUCCUCAUCACCCUGCUCUUCUUCAACCUCUACAUGGAUGACGGAUAUGUGCUGGAGGCAGAGAAAAGACAGCUGGGAGAGUCGCUGAUGCAUCCUGCAAACUCUGACAGAUAUGUCCACACACUCAGAGAUCUGUCCAAUUUCUCAGGGACUAUAAAUGUGACAUAUCGCUACCUUGCAGGAAUCCCUUUGCCACGCAAAAAGUAUCUUACUAUUGGUUUGUCAUCUGUCAAGAGGAAGAAGGGGAAUUAUCUUCUAGAGACGAUCAAAUCCAUCUUUGAUCAGUCCAGUUACGAGGAACUCAAAGAGAUUGUGGUUGUGGUCCACCUGGCAGACUUUGACCUGGUGUGGUGUGAAAACCUGGUGCAGGAAAUCACCAGAAAGUUUGCUCAUCACAUCAUAGCGGGACGCCUUCUGGUGAUUCACACUCCUGAGGAGUAUUAUCCAUCUCUGGACGGGUUAAAAAGAAACUACAACGACCCGGAGGACCGGGUUCGUUUCCGCUCCAAGCAGAACGUGGACUACGCUUUCCUCCUGAACUUCUGCACAAACCUCUCUCACUUCUACAUGAUGUUAGAGGACGACGUGCGCUGCUCCAGGAACUUCCUGACGGCACUGAAGAAGGUGAUCACCUCCAGAGACGGCUCCUACUGGGUGAUGCUGGAGUUCUCCAAGCUGGGCUACAUCGGGAAGCUGUACCACUCCAGAGACCUUCCUCGUCUGGCUCACUUCCUCCUCAUGUUCUACCAGGAGAUGCCCUGCGACUGGCUCCUCAUCCACUUCAGGGGUCUGCUGGCUCAGAAGGACGUGAUCCGCUUUAAGCCCUCGUUGUUCCAGCACAUGGGCUACUACUCCUCUUACAAAGGAGCCGAGAACAAACUGAAGGACGACGACUUUGAAGAAGACUCCAUCGACAUUCCUGACAACCCUCCUGCCAGCCUUUACACAAACAUCAACGUCUUUGAGAACUAUGAUGCCACAAAGGCUUACAGCAGCAUCGUUGAUGAGUACUUUUGGGGGAAGCCUCCGUGCACUGGAGACUUCUUUGUCAUAAUCUUUAAUAAGUCGACUAAAAUCAGCAGAAUAAAGAUUGUGACGGGCACAGAGGACAGACAGAACGAUAUUCUCCACCAUGGAGCUGUGGAAGUGGGGCAGAAGUCUGUGGAAACUAAACAGGGGCGGCAGUGUUCGUCUUACAUCACAUUAGGAGAGUUUAAAGGUGGAAGUAUUGAGGUUACCAACGUGGACCACAAGAUAGGCUUUGACAUCGAGUGUGUUCGAAUCGUUGUGACAGCCAAUCAGAAAGAAUGGCUCAUCAUAAGAACUAUCAGCUUAUGGACCACACAGCCCGUCAGUCAGUUUAAGAAGUAAACAUCUGAGGUUUUUAAAGGAUCUGCUCUAUGUACAGUAUUUAUUCUGGAUGCUAUAAGUUCAUUUUGAACUGCGUCUGGGUCGUGUGUGUUUCUGGGAUUCAAAGCAAUCCAUAUUUUCUUGGGUUGUUUGGGGAUCUAUGCUGUAAGAUUGAAAUGUGACGUAUUAAAAUGACCAAAAUGUACAGUAUGGAGUCUUUAUACUCAUGUUCAUUUUCCUAAACUGAGAAUGUGUACAUUAUAAAAUAUGAAAUUGUU